CGGGCACACAAUCCGGUUGUUAUCUCAUUUCCAGUCCAUGGCCGAUGGCAAAGGCGCCAAGUCCGUCGCCGUCGCCGCCGAUAGAUUGAAGCGGGAGGAUUGUAAUCGGAAAAAGCACGAUCCCGACUUCUCCAAAUGGCAGGUUCUCAUCGGGCCAUCUGAUUGGGCAGACUAUUCAGUCGGGAAGGAAGGAGCUGCGAGAUACAGAGUUCACAAUCUCCCUUCCACUUCUUCCGCCGGAGUUUACGAGCUGGGGAUCUCCGUCCGCCGAUCCGAUUCGGGUCGAGAACUCGGGAAGCAAGAGAUAGUGGUGGUUUACCUCGGGCAAGCUGAAAAUGUCAGGACCCGACUCCAGCGGUACGGGCGAACGGGCGCCCAUUUGGGAAGCAGUUACUCAACCGGUCACUGGGACGAAUUCAAGACCGACCCUCUUCACAAAAGCGCCGGCUUGUUUGAGGAGAUCUUCUCCAGAGGCCACUCCAUUGUCUUCAGAUGGGCUGCUAUGAAGGACAAAAGGGCUGCUGAGAAGACAGAGUCACAGCUGCUCGAAACAUUCGAUUACGCUUGGAAUCGUGGCGGAAAUGGGGCUCGUAGACCGGGCGACAUCCUCCAGAAACUUGACCGCAUUGCUUCUGCAACAGCAGCUAGUUCCAGGCUGAGAGAAAUUUCCAAGAAGCUAAUGUUGUCUUUAGGCCAAGGUGCUGCUGUGGGAAUCAAGAUUGAAGCAAGCAGCAAGCCAGUUUCACCACACAAAUCCGAAACAGGCGAAGGCAACGACAGCAAAAACUUCCUCCACAGGGUCUUCAACUUUAACAAGUCACGGCCCAGAUUGGUUUCAGACAUCAAAUGUGGAGCAACAGAAGAGGAGAGCUCUUCUGCUAGUAAUGUCUGUGGGUUCAUUAUGGCUGAUGGCAUUCCCUGCAGAAGCUCACCAGUUGCUGGAAGAAAGAGAUGCGAGCAACACAAAGGGAUGAGAAUCUAUGGUUCACAUAAUGUGAAAUCAAGUAAAGCAACCGAGAGCAAUCGGUCUCAGGGCUGGGAACAUAGCUUAUCUGUUACCAAAUGUGGAGCAACUUUGGUGAAUGGUUCGUUGUGUAGCAGGCGGGUGGGACAAGGGAAUGAAAGGUACUGUUGGCAGCAUCAGGAGAAGAGGGUUGGUGAUUGUGAUGCUGGUGAAGUUCCCAGGUUGUCUGGCGAGGAGGGUUCAUUGUUGAAGUCUGAGUUGCAGGCUGCGGUGGUCACUUGUGGUGUUCGGUUGCUGGAUGGUUCAGCCUGUAGUAGAGUUCCUGUUGCUGGAAGGAAGAGAUGUUUGCAGCACAAGGGGAUGAGAGUAAAUUGAGUGAUCACCAAGAGUUUGGCGAUGUGCAACGAGGUUGUGUUGUAUUUUCUUAUAGUAAGAUGACUCUUGUCAUUUGUCAUCGGUUGAUUUGAUGGGUUGUUGUAGGUUUUUCUAGUUACAUUGAGAGGCCCAUUGAUUUGCCUUGUGAGUCAAGAUAAGUUUUCAAUGUGAGUUGUGAGACCUCAAAAUUAAGGGGUAAUUUAUAAGUGUCAAUUAAGG